GUAUAGUCCUAGUCAAGAUCUGUAGGACAAUAUUUCGGGUGUGCGAAAUAAAUUUCGAAUUGCGCCAAAAACUGCCUCUGGAAAUAUCAUAUUUGAGCAGAAUAAGGUGAUCCGAGUUAACCCUAUACCAGAUAACCCAGAUUGGCGCCUGCAGCUGACCUCCGCCACUGCUUUUGACCUCCAAUGCGAAGUGCCCCCAGCAGUCCAAGCACGUUGCCUCUGAACUCCAGCGACGUCAUCUCCCCCACGACGCAGUGACCCCAGGGCCUUCGACCACAUUAGAUCAGGCAGCUCGCUAAAAUGGCCAAUAAAUUUCAAGAGAAGAAGUGCCCUAUUAAGUCUGAUUUCUUUGUAAAGACUUCGGAGAAAAGACAUCAUAAGAGACAGCAAUCAGAACAUUUAUGCCUUGGGUCAGCUGAAGAGGAUGGAAUAAGUUGUCCUCCCACUGAGCUAGCUUCUAAUAUGAAGACUCCAAGAAAGCAGAAACGUCGAGGUAGCUCUACGCCCGAGAAAAAAUUGAAUAGUGCAGAGACGCAACAAGCUAGCUCUACACCAGAUAAAAACCUUAGUAGUGCAGAGAAACGUCCUAAAAGUACUCCAAAGAAAAGAGGUAUAAAAAGAAGAUUGAUGGACACAUGCAUUGUGCCAACAUCGUGUAGCUAUAUGAAGGAUGAAGUAUCAUCUAAUAUGAUUCCUGAUCUACGGAUGGAAGCUCAGAAGACAGCUGAGGAAAACUCACGUAUAUAUGCUGGAAAAGAAAUUCAUCCAUUUUUUUCAUCAUGGAAAAUCGGUAAGCGAAAGAGUGAGGGGGUCAAUUUGGAGCGAACUUGGUGCUCUUCUGAUAAAGAGGAAAGAAAUCUUACCCUCGUCCCCAUUCAUGUGUUGCAGACAGUCGAGGAAGACGACGUCACCCUUGAUUGGCAGCAUUGGACAUUUUCUGAAAGAUGUAUUGUAAGUAGCAGUUACAUCCUAGAAAAUGGAUGCUCACUACUUAGUGAAGGAUCUGUUAGCUCUCUGCAAUUUGAUACGCUCCAUUGUCCCUCUAAUACAUGUAUACAAUUACCAUACCGGUAUGAGAUUAGUGUUGAUCAGCACUCUGCUCCAGACAAGGAAGCUUGUUUUGUUGGUUCUCCCAGGGAGCCAGAUGUGUUGCAUCCAACAUCUCCCAUCCAUCUGGCUGAUGAAACAAUACUGCAGGACAAUGAAAUUGGAACACACAGCUUCUUCGUGAAUAGUUCCAGCUGUUUGAGCCCAGACCCCGAGAAACAUGAUAAACUUCUUGGAGGGGUGAUGUCACAGAACCAAAUUUUGCACAGCCAGCCCGAAAAUUGCCUAUGGACAAAUAAAUACCAACCUGAAAAGGCCGUGCAGGUAUGUGGUAAUGGUGCAUCAGUGAAAAUUUUGAGCGAAUGGUUGCAUUCUUGGUAUGAAAAAGGUUCUGAACGAAACAAGGAUUUCACAUGUAGUGAUACAUUUAAGGACCUGGAAGCUGGUGACAAUAUUUACCUUAGCGACUGUGAGUCAGAUGACGAGGACAUAGAAAACCGUCUUCAAAAUGUUCUGUUAAUUACAGGACCAGUUGGGUGUGGCAAGUCUGCUGCCAUAUAUGCAUGUGCAAAAGAACAAGGGUUUCAAGUCAUUGAGGUCAAUGCAUCUGAUUGGCGGAAUGGGGCUCUUGUUAAGCAGAGGUUUGGGGAGGCUGUAGAGUCGCAUUGGAUUCAACGUACACAGAAAGGCACUACAAAUGCAGAGGACAAGCAUCUAGUGAGUCUGUUUUCAGCUGCUAUGACAGGGACUGAAGGGUCUAGGAGUGAAGUUAUUGAGCUGAUACCAUCACUACAUGAUGCAGAUUCUCAAAUUGCCAGUGCAACACCAAGAGACCUAGUUUGCAAGGACUCAACUAAUAGCCAUGGUGGCCUUAGAACCUUAGUUUUGUUUGAGGAUGUUGAUACUGCUCUUUGUGAAGACCGCGGCUUUAUAUCUACCAUUCAACAACUUUCAGAAACUGCGAAGCGGCCAAUGAUAUUAACUAGCAAUAGUGACAAUCCUGUGCUUCCGAACAAUUUGGAUAGGCUAGAGCUGUGCUUCGCAGUUCCACCUCUGAGGGACCUCCUUGCACUUGCACACAUGGUCUGUACCGCAGAACAAGCUAAAAUUGACACUUCAUUGGUAGAGAGAUUUGUCAAUCACUGUGAAGGAGAUAUUCGCAAAACUAUCAUGCUACUUCAGUUCUGGUGUCAAGGCCAAAUCUUUCGGAAAGGUAAUGAGGUCAAGACAUAUAGGCCACUUUUAUUUGACAUUGAUGCUGGGCAUCUAAUGCUGCCAAAUUUGAUACCUUGGAGUUUCCCUUGCCCACUCUCUUUACUUGUUGAUGAGGAGAUAACUGAAUCUAUGAGAAUGGAAGAAGACAGCUUUAACGUGGGGAAUAUAGCGGAGAAAGAAGAGUUGACUGGUUGUAACAACCAGAGUGUUUUUUAUGCAUCUGAAGAUCCAAACAGUAUAACUGCCAAAAAGGAAGCAAUGUUAAUUUUGCAUGGUUUGCCACUGGAUAAAAAUGCACUUACACCCAAGUUUGAGAGUAAUACUGAGUUUUCUAAUCACUCUGGAUCACCAGUUGCUUUCUUUCGAAGACAUACACGGAGAAAACUUGAUACUGUAAUGUUCUCUGAUUCUGAUGAGGAGGGCUUGAGCAGCAGAACCCCAAUUGAUUUAAAUGAAACGCCAUGUGAUAAUUGCGAAGAAGCAAAUGAAAUGAUGGUCUAUUCUCCACCUGUUGAGUCGCCCACUGAAAUGUACUGCAGUCUUAUGAGUGAGCCUCUGCAUAGUAAACGAAAAAGAUUAAAAAGGAAGUGUUCCAAGGCAGAUGAAACUUCUCAUCCAAAUGGUAUGAGCAUGUCAUGUGAUUUUUCUUCUGUACCAGAGUCAUCAUUUGUUCCAGAGUCCAUCUUCAGUAUUGACUCAAAACUAACUUCUAGAACAGAAUCCUAUAUUGAUGUUAAUUACAAAGUUAAAGCAGAUUUAGCAAAUGGUGUACUGCCAAGUAGUAUGCCUCAUCAAUAUGACAAGCUUGACGCAAUUGUUCUUGAAUCAUGCAACAAUCAUGAAUUACUAGGUUGCAGUUCUGAUAUAAACACAAUGCCAGCUUGUUGUGGCGAAGCUAGUCAAUAUACUGAGCAGUGUGUGGAAGAUUCUUCCAGAGCAUAUCAGCCAUUGGAUGAGUGUAGCCGCAUUGACUUCAAUUGGAGAUCUCGAUCCUUUGGAAAUGAUAGACAUCAUCUAUCGUGUAGUGCUGUGCAAGAAACAUGGAAGAAACUUCGUAAGGGGCACGUGAAACUAAGAGAAUAUGUCACCUCAGAUCAGAAAGACACUUGUGAGGUUCUUAAUAUUGGUUAUAGAUUGAGUAAUUUAAUCUCAGAAGCUGAUUUAUUAUCUAAUGACUGCCAGCAGCUUAUCUAUGACUCUUUGGAUCCUUCUAUUGUAUCAUGUCAUAAAUCACAGUCCUAUAGCUGGGAUGAAGAUCAGCUGCAAAUGUCAUCUAUUGUUGCUCAACAUGGAAUAUGCCUCUUCACUAAAGAAAUUGCCAAUUUGGGGUUGGAUAAGUUAUCUGUAAAUCAGUUAGAUUUGACAUCAGAGAUGUUAGCAUCAUCUAGUAGCACAAUGGCUCUGGGCAAGCUGGUUAGUUUUGACAGUAGAGAAACCAGAAGCACAGAUGUAUGUUCACCCAAAAGCUGCUAUCGUUCCAAAAGGAAGAUCAGCUCAGAUCUUUUAAAUACACUUCAGUUGGCAGUUCCUUUGCGGUCACUUCUUUCACUCAGAGGUGGUGCAUUUUUCGAAUAUUUAUCUGCUUUGAGCCGCAUUUCAAGAUUAGAAGCCAACCGCUUGUCAGAUUUCGUUGGCAGGAGUAAACAGAGAAGGGCACGUGUUGAUAGACACUACUUGGCUUCUGGUGGAUUAUCUUUAUCGACUGAAGAUAUUUCCUUGCUAGGUCAAUACAAUUGCUAUCGUCAUGUAUCAUCCAAGUCCGACAGGACCGAGACUGAAGUUUGAUUUAUUAUUAUUCUUAUUUUGAUAUUUGUGCUAACCUUGAUAUGGGCUAGAGAGCUGUUAGCUUUUCUUAAUACAUGGCACAUUAGCUGCGCAAAAGUUAGGAACAUGUACAUGUAUCAUUGAUUUCAUCUGCGGUAGGCAAUGGCCUCAGCCUCCCCAUAAAGCUAUUAGGUUCCCUUAGUUUUGAAGUGUAUGAUCUCUUUCAUUGUAAAAGUAAUUGUAGAAUAUUCAUUUGACUGUCUUUUAAUGUAUACAUUCUACAGUGAGUUUGACAGCACAAGUUGUGUCAGUCCGGCUCCAAUUUGUUCCCAAAUUGCAAUUACGCAAUUUUGGUCUCUUUUUUGUUUUAUAAGUGGUCUUGAAAAUUUUAA